AUGGAGGGCAAGUUUCAUGGACUACCUACCCUCAAAGGAUUCAGGCUCAAGCAACAAGGAGAAGAUAAACACCAAGAACACGAAGACGAUGGCGUGACUUCAGAGCGCCUUCCAGUGAAAACCCGGAAAGAAUUCCGAGAUCAACCACCAGUUUCCCUCAAUUCCACCAUUACCACCACUUACUGCAUGCCUGCCAAGAAGAGGGUUUGGGCUCCUUCAAAAUCCAAUCUCAUCACCGGCGAACCCAUUUCACAUUUCAACCUAAUUGUCGAGUACAUUUUUUUUUUGUCGAGUACAAGCCCAUCGUCUGAUGAAGAUGGUGGCUUCAAAAUAAAGGAACAGCGCGAAAAAGAAGCUGAGAAAGUUAGAGAAGAAAAAGAAGAUGGUGAUGAUUUGAAUGUCUGUGCUAUUUGCCAAAGCACAGAUCUCCCAUCAGAUCCAAUUGUGUUCUGUGAUGGCUGUGAAAAUACCUUACGGAGGGUUUCCCAGAACUGGAUUGUUAGGGGUGGUGCAAUGAAGCCCACCAACGAUGGCCAAGGGGCUCAUAUCGUCUGUGCCCUUUUGGUUCCUGAGGUCUUUUCAGUGACCCGGAAGACAUAG